AUGAACCGAAAACUCAUGGAAGACCUCCAAGCUGAAGAGGAGAAGGUCAAUCAUGUGAAUAAACUUAAACAGAAGCUCGAGCAGCAACUUGAUGAUUUGGAAGAUUCAGUCGAGCGUGAGAAGCGCGCAAAACAGGAAUUAGAAAAGUCAAAGCGCAAGACUGAGGGUGAACUUAAAGUAGCUCAGGAAAAUAUCGAAGAGCUAAAUAAGCAGAAGCAUGAUUUGGAAGAAAAUCUUAAACGCAAAGAAACUGAACUUCACCAAGUUUCUGCACGUCUUGAGGAUGAACAGUCGCUUGUAGGCAAACUUCAACGCCAGAUUAAAGAGUUACAAGCACGUAUCUCUGAACUUGAGGAGGAGCUCGAGGCUGAACGUCAGUCUCGCCAAAAGGCUGACCGUUCCCGUUCUGAGUUGCAGCGCGAAUUGGAAGAACUCAGUGAGCGUCUUGAUGAUGCUGGUGGAGCUACUGCUGCUCAGAUCGAAGUUAAUAAGAAGCGUGAAGCUGAAUUAGCAAAACUUCGCCGUGAUCUUGAGGAGAAUAAUCUUAACCACGAGACACAAUUGAAUGCUCUUCGCAAGAAACACAACGAUGCUGUUGCUGAACUCACUGACCAACUUGAACAAAUGCAGAAGAUCAAAGUCAAGGUCGAAAAGGACAAACAACAAAUACAACGCGAGCUCGAGGAUGCCACACAAACUGCAGAUUCAGAACUCCGAGCACGCCAAGAAGCUGAGAAAGUGAUUAAGAAUUUGGAGCUUCAGCUUAAUGAACUCCAGACCAAAGCAGACGAACAGUCUCGUCUUCUUAAUGAUUUAGCAGCAUUGAAGAGCCGACUCCAAAAUGAAAACUCAGACUUGGAACACCAAGUUGAAGAUUUGGAAAAUCAAGUGAACUCUCUGCACCGUCUUAAGAGUCAGCUUGUAAGCCAGCUUGAAGAAGCUAAACGAACUGCUGAUGAGGAAAGUCGUGAACGUCAGACACUAAGUGGACAACUUAAGAAUGUCCAGCACGAAAAUGAUUCGUUGCGUGAGCAACUUGAUGAUGAACAGGAAGGAAAGGCAGAAUGCCUUCGUCAAAUCAGCAAGUUGAAUGCUGAAAUCCAACAAUGGAAAGCUCGCUUCGAGGGCGAAGGCUUGGUUAAAUUGGAAGAGAUUGAAAUUCAAUCUCUGGAGAAAACUCGCCACAAACUUAUGGGAGAUCUCGAUGAUGCUCAAGUAGAUGUGGAACGCGCUGCUGCUUAUGCUGCUGCUCUGGAGAAGAAGCAGAAAGGAUUUGAUAAGAUUAUUGAUGAUUGGCGCAGAAAGUGUGACGAUAUGGCCGCAGAACUUGAUGCCAGCCAGCGGGAUGCACGCAAUCUUGCAACAGAUUUGUUCAAGGCAAAGACGAUUCAAGAUGAAUUGGCUGAAACAUUGGAAGGCACCAGGCGUGAAAACAAAGCUCUCGCCCAGGAAAUCAAGGAUUUGACUGAUCAGUUAGGCGAGGGUGGUCGUUCCGUGCAUGAAUUGCAGAAGAUUGUUCGCCGCCUAGAAGUUGAGAAGGAGGAAAUUCAACACGCAUUGGACGAAGCAGAAGCUGCUUUAGAGGCAGAAGAAAGCAAAGUGUUGCGAGCUCAAGUUGAGGUGUCACAAAUCCGCUCUGAAAUCGAGAAGCGCAUCCAGGAGAAAGAAGAAGAAUUCGAAAAUACACGCAAAAACCAUCAACGUGCACUUGAAAGUAUGCAAGCUACGCUUGAAGCUGAGAGCCGUGGUAAACAAGAAGCUUUGCGUAUAAAGAAGAAACUCGAAUCCGAUAUCAACGAGUUGGAGAUUGCUCUCGACCACGCAAAUAAGGCUUAUGCUGACGCACAGAAAACCAUCAAGAAGCAUCAAGACCAAAUUCGUGAAUUACAACUCCAAGUUGAAGAUGAGCAGCGCCAGAGAGAUGAAUUGCGUGAACAGCUUUUCAACAGCGAGAAGCGUAACCAAAUUCUCCAAAGUGAGAAGGAUGAGCUCAUGCACCAAGCAGAACAGGCAGAACGCGCUCGCCGCCAAGCUGAGGCUGAUUUGAUUGAACUUCGCGAAGCCGUUAACGACCUUUCCAACCAAGUUAAUAGUUUGAAUGGAUACAAACGCAAAUUGGAGGGUGAACUUCAAGCAUUACAUGCGGAAUUGGAUGAGACACUUACCGAACUUAAAAACGCUGAUGAACUUUCCAAGAAAGCAUCUGCUGAUGCUGCCAGACUUGCCGAGGAAUUGCGCCAGGAACAAGAACACUCACAACAUGUUGACCGAUUGCGUAAGGGACUUGAACUCCAAAUCAAGGAGAUGCAAGUUCGUCUUGAUGAAGCAGAAGCAGCCGCACUUAAAGGCGGUAAGAAGAUAAUUGCCAAAUUGGAAGAACGCAUCCGGGCACUUGAACAAGAAUUGGAUGGCGAACAACGACGUCACCAAGAAACCGACAAGAACUACAGGAAAGCAGAACGUCGUGUAAAGGAACUCGACUUCCAAGUUGAGGAAGACAAGAAAAACAGUGAACGAUUGACCGACCUUAUUGACAAACUCCAAGGAAAACUCAAAGUUUACAAACGACAAGUAGAAGAAGCAGAGGAAGUAGCUGCAACAAAUCUUGGCAAAUACCGCCAAUUACAAGCACAAAUGGAUGAAGCAGAAGAGAGAGCAGAUUUGGCAGAAAACUCAUUGAGCAAGCUUCGUGCAAAGAACCGUUCCUCCGCAUCAAUUGCUCCAGCAUCUGUUGGUUUGGCCACAUCAGCGAGUGCUGCUGUUCUUCGUUCUACUUCAUUUGCACGAAAUAGCUUUGCCGAUUAUUAA